AUGGUGUUGAAAGAAUUCCAUUGGUUUCAAAGCUACAACUACGUUGCUGUUGUUCCCCAUAGCCCCGGAGGAGGAGGCCUCUUCCUUGCCUGGAAAAAAGACAUCGAUCUCACGGUUAAACAUGCAACAAACAAUUACAUUGAUACAAGGAUAAUGUUUAAAGGCAUCAGUUUCCACGCAACCUUUGUGUACGGGGAGCCAGAGGUUUCAAAAAGAUUACAAGUUUGGAAUGAGAUAUCUAAUCUACACUCAACAAAUGGAGGACCAUGGUUUCUUACUAGAGAUUUCAAUGAAAUUAUUGACAACAGUGAAAAGAGCGGAGGCCCAGAUAGAGCAGAAGGAACCUUCGGAGCCUUUAGAUCCUUUCUUUCUCAAAACGACCUUUUUGACCUCAAACACUCAGGCAGCUAUCUAUCUUGGAGGGGAAAGAGACAUACGCACCUAGUCUUGUGCAGACUGGAUAGAGCUCUAAGCAACAGUGAUUGGGCUGAUCUAUUCCCACCGUGUAGAAGUCAAUACCUCAAGUACGAAGAGUCUGAUCACAGACCUCUCCUCUCGCUCCUGGAUACAUCAAAAAAGAAAGGUGUAAAGAUCUUUAGAUUCGACAGACGACUAAAUGAUAACAUGGAAAUAAAGAAACUGGUAUCUUCAGCCUGGACGAGAAAUGAAAACUUAUCAGUUGAGGCUCGACUCUCUUUAUGUCGUCAGGCCAUUUGCAAAUGGUGCAGAGAGUUCUACGAGAACAGCCAGAAGGGCCUGGAGGACAUACGUAACAGACUUGAUGCCGCUCUGUCUGAUCUACAACCAGAUGAAGCUUUGAUUCAGAAGCUCAACUCAGACCUUCUCCAGCUCUACAAAGCAGAGGAAUAUUUCUGGAAACAAAGAAGCAGACAAUUAUGGUUAAGUCUGAGAGACUCAAACACGGGCUAUUUCCAUGCUAUCUCAAAAGGUAGAUCUACACGGAAUAGAUUCUCUGUCAUUGAAGAUAAGGAUGGCUUACCACAGUACGAAGAAGAACAAAUAGCGAACAUCAUCUCCUCUUUCUACGCAGAUCUGUUCAAAUCAUCAGAGUAUCUCGGGAAUCGGAUAGUUCAUGGGGCUAUACAACCUUGCAUAACAUCAGAGCAAAAUGAGAAACUGAUAGCUAUUCCACAAGAGAGAGAGAUCACCGAAGCCACAUUCUCGAUAAAUGGAGAAAAGGCGCCAGGACCAGAUGGCUUUUCAGCCAGUUUCUUUCACGCCAACUGGGAAGUAGUUGGUCCAGCAGUGAUCUUCGAGAUACAAGCCUUCUUCUCAACAAGUUUCCUCGUACCAUCAAUAAAAAAGACUCAUGUCAGGCUCAUUCCAAAGGUUCUGGGAGCUAAAACGGUGGAAGAGUACAGGCCAAUUGCCUUAUGCAACAUUUACUACAAGAUCAUCUCUAAACUAAUCUAUAUCAGAUUAAAGAAUGUUCUUGGAGUAAUAGUAUCGGAAAAUCAAUCAGCAUUUGUUUCGGGAAGGGCAAUUGCAGACAAUGUACUUAUUACGCAUGAGGUACUACAGUUUCUAAAGACAUCAAAAGCGGAAAUAAGGUGUUCUAUGGCAGUUAAAACAGAUAUGCCAAAAGCCUAUGACAAGAUCGAAUGGCAGUUCAUCUCAGAUGUCCUAUACCGGUUUGGUUUCCAUGCAAUUUGGAUAAAUUGGAUCAUGCAAUGCAUCACUACAGUCUCCUACUCCUAUCUUAUAAAUGAGACAGUGUAUGGAAAUGUUUUACCUCUCCGAGGAAUCAGGCAAGGCGACCUACUGUCUCCUUAUGUGUUUAUCCUCUGCGGUGAAGUUCUCUCAGGGCUGUGUAGAGAGGCUGGGAGGAAAGGGCUACUUCAGGGUAUAAGAGUGGCACGAGGUUGUCCAAGAAUAAAUCAUCUGCUCUUCGCAGAUGAUACGAUGUUCUUCUGUCUUGCGUCUCAAUCAAAUUGCGAAGCACUCCAAGCAGUACUCACAGACUAUGGAAAAAGCUCUGGACAGAGGAUCAAUAAGAACAAGUCGUCUAUCACCUUCUCAAGAAAAACUCCCCCUGCAAUCAAAGAGAAUGCCAAAUCAGUAUUGGGAAUCACAAAGGAAGGGGGCUUAGGCAAGUACCUUGGCCUUCCAGAGCAUUUUGGGAGAAGAAAAAGAGAUUUGUUUACCUCUAUCGUGGAUAGAAUCCGACAGAAAGCAGUAAGCUUGUCUGCAAGGAGGUUAUCAAAAGCCGGAAAGCUCACAAUGCUUAAGGUCGUCCUCAGCGCAAUACCUACGUAUUCCAUGUCGUGUUUUCAGCUACCGGUGAGCCUCUGCAAAAGAAUCCAGUCAGUACUAACCAGAUUCUGGUGGGAUGAGACUGAAGGCAAAAAGAAAAUAUGCUGGGUUGCUUGGGACCAACUAACGAAGCCUAAAGCUCUGGGGGGUUUGGGGCUUAGAGAUAUCCAACGUUUCAAUCAAGCUCUAUUAGCAAAGCUAGCCUGGCGUAUUAUUACAGCACCAGAGAGUCUCUUUUCACGUAUUCUCAUGGGAAAAUAUUGCCACAACAAGAGUUUCCUAGAGAUAGCACCCUCGCAGAGCUGUUCCCAUGGAUGGAGGAGUAUACUCCAUGGGCGAGACCUUUUGAAAGAAAACCUAGGGAAAUCUAUAGGAAAUGGACAAACGACCAAGAUUUGGAAGGAUUCUUGGAUCUCAUUGGAUAAGAUCCUAAAACCUAUGGGACCUAUCAAGGAAUCAGCCCUAGACCUAACGGUGGCAGAUCUACUAACUUCCGAACUCAAAUGGAACAAGCAGAGAAUCGAGGAGCUCUUACCAGACCUCGCCGAGCAGAUACAAUGUUUAAAGCCAAGCUCAACGGGGGCGGAAGACUCCUUUAUCUGGCACCAGACAGCUUCGGGCAUUUUCUCCACCAAAUCAGGUUACUUUGCUGCAACUUCUCACAACCAUCAUACACAGCUAACAAGAGCAGAAGGAGAAUUUAGCUGGAUCAGAGACAUUUGGGCAGGCAAAUUCUCACCUAAGAUGAAAACGUUCCUCUGGUCCAUCGUCCAUAAAGCUAUCUCUCUAGGCUCAAAUCUGCAAAGAAGAGGUAUGACAUCAGCAACGCCUUGUGUUAGAUGCCAAGAUACAGAGAAUGAGAUGCAUUGUUUCUUCAACUGCCAGUACGCGAAGAAUGUUUGGGAUCUUAUCCCCCUUAGCAAAGCAGUUCACCUAGCUGCGGGGAUGAUUUUCCCAGAGGUAGUAGUCAAAUUUAGGAGAGUUAUCUGUCUGCCUCCCUCAGGAAUCUCUCUUAACAUACUCCCCUGGGUCUUAUGGGCCAUCUGGACGGCGAGAAACACCCUCAUCUUCGAAGGACGAUACCAAUCUCCUGAGGAAACAACACUGAACGGGAUUAAGUUAGCAAGAGAACGGACUAAUUCGCAAAAUCAAUCCUCUGGAAAGAAGGACCUACCUCAGAGUCAGCAAUUCCAAUCGCGAUCACCACCACAGAUUAAUCUCGAUAACGACCAAGUGACAUGCAAGACAGACGCGGCGUGGCACAAGGAAAAGCUCGUAGCAGGACUAGGGUGGGUGUUCUCGGGUCCGAGACUCGAAUCUCCCAUCAAAGGAUCGAUGUGUGAAGCUUCGAUAGGCUCCCCUCUAGUUGCAGAGGCUUCUGCAGUCAGAUCAGCUAUGUGUAUGGCGAUCAAUUUGGAGUUCAGCUCUCUUGAGGUGCUCUCCGACAACUUAACGCUCAUCCGAGCAAUCUCCGGCAUCACUCAGGCUAAGAAAAUCAUCGGUAUUGUGAAAGACAUCCGAUCGAUAUCUACUGAGUUUGCAUCAAUCUCUUUUGCGCAUAUCUCUCGUUCUCUGAAUGUGGAAGCGGAUAAUCUCGCAAAAGAAUCUCUGCGUUUUUCAUAUCUUCUGUAUUGA